UUGUGGAGUUUGCACAAGCAGGUCUGAGUGUGGCUUUUGCUUCAUUGGUGAAGUUAGUAACAUAACAAACUCCUCUUGUGUAGCAGCAGAUCAUUCAGCGUUUAAUGAGAUGAGUGUCUCUGGAGUUUGUGCCAAUAAGACCAUCCUAGAAGAUGAUUUUGCAGUCUUUGCAUAUGACUGGUGUCCUUAUCAGUAUGCUUGGAUCUCCAUUCUGGGUCUAGGACUCUAUUUGGCAUUUUUCUCUCCAGGUAUGGGACCAAUGCCAUGGACCAUCAAUAGUGAAAUUUACCCUGGUUGGGCACGCUCAACCUGCACCAGCAUCACCACUGCAGUAAACUGGGCAUCGAACCUUCUUGUGUCACUGACUUUUCUCACUCUCACAGAGGUUUUGCUCAAGCAUGGUGCCUUCUACCUGUACAUGGUUUUAGCUGCCGUUGGCUUCCUUACUUUCUACUUCAUUCUUCCGGAAACUCGUGGAGUUCCGCUAGAAAAUAUGGAAAGACUCUUUUCAAAGCCGUUUUGUUCGAGGCAAAGGAGAGAAAGAACAAAUACUUAGUUUACGACUAUAUGCAGUACAAAUAUGAAAUUUUUAUGUCAGUUAUUGUGCACAGUACAAAUACAAAAUACAAUAUAUUUUAUGUCAGACUUCAUAUUUUAUUGUUGCCGACAUUAUAAGGUUACGGUUGUAAUACACAUACAUAAUAUUUGUGUAAAUGCAUAUCUAUACGAGUAUGUAUAUGUAUGAAAUGCAAACCCUUUAUACAAAGCAUAAAAUGGACAACUGCCAA